AUGGGAAGCUCGUGCACGAAGGACUCCACAAAGGAGCCCGAGAAGCGUGCCGAUAACAUCGAUACAACCACUCGAAGUGAUGAGAAGAACGACCAGAAGGCGGAUGGGGAUGCGGGCAACAACGAGGGUGAACACCACGUGGGUGAGGGGGGUGACGGCGACGGGGCUGGUAAUGGUAAUCACCCGAAGGAGGACACUGCCGCCAACUAG